UGAACAUUGUACCUAGGUAAUCUGAGGAGGAAAAAAAAAGAUUUUAAAAAAGAAAAGAAAAGAAAAUCCCCUCGCCUUAGAAGAGUCAGGAGAGCUGGAGUGGAGGGGCAGGUCAGAGUUCCCUCCCUGGAGCCAAACUCUAUGGGAACUUUUUCUGCAGAAAUAGAUAACUAAGCGGUGAGUCAAGGCUUGGCUACAGAAGAGGAUGGAAGGUUUGAAAGAAGGGGGAGUGUUUGACCGGUUCUGUCUCUAUUUCUCUCUCCUGGAACAGAGACAAGAGGGACGUCAAAUCAUGACGUCAAAAAAAUAAUUAAAAACAAAAGCUUUGGGAAAGAAAAGUUCGUUGUGUUCGCUGCCCUGUGCAUCAGGUGGGAGGAGGGAGAAGCACGGAAGGGCGGUGUUGGAGCCGGCCCCUUUCAGUACCCCCAUCCCUUUCUGGGCUGUUUCUCAAUCGCUGACUCAGCUGACGAGUCUAGGCUCUUGAAAGGAUUGAAAGGAUUCAGCUAAAGAAAAAAGGAAGUUUGUAAGGAGAGAUAAGAGUUGAGCUGUCCCGUCCACCUGGCUCAGUUGCAUCAGCGAAUGGUCAAGUAGUUGCGGAGCCCCGACAAACCAGGUUACUGGGGGGAAAGGAGGCUCGGGAGUGUUUCCUCCCAGCAGCUUUGUGGGCAGGAGCCUGGGCCGGCUUGAGGGAUUUGGAGGCGUUUCUUGAUGAUGCACCUGACAAGCACGUGGGAUCUCAGAGCCUGAGGAAACUGAAGGCUGGAGGAGGCAGUGUAGCUCCGACUCUGGGCGCUACCAGGAGGACUUCGAGCUCUCCGGUGUCAAGAGGUCCUUUCUGCCUGCCAAAGUGGGAACCUCCACAGCUCGCGGCCAAACUUCAUGGGAUCCAGAAGAAUGAGCACCCAGUAGAAGUUAUCUUCAUGAUGCUGAGGUUGCUGUUUCUUGGUUCCAUGCUUUUGAGAGGCACCAUUGUCUCAGCAGUGGAGAUAUCCUCUCUGAACGGGACCGUGGGAAAAUCUAUCCUGCUCUGUAUAGCCACAGAUUAUGGAAAUGAGACUCGGUCAAUUGAAUGGAUUGAUAAGACUCGCAAUCAACUCCUGUUCAGGAUCCAGCCAGGGGAAACUGAGUCAAACUGGACUACCGCCCAGGACACAUACAAAGGGAGGCUGUCUGUACAUGAUAUGCGUUGUCUGAAGAUUGAGAAUCUGACCUCUGAAGACAGUGGUCUCUAUGAAGUAGAAAUCAAGUUGAACACUGGAGAAAUAAAACCUCAGAUCUUCAAUGUGACUGUGUCUGGCACUGUGACUACAGAAUCCAACAUGAAACCACGGAAUUACUGGAUCUCAAUUGGCAUUCCAGUGAUCUGUGUUGUCCUCCUAGGGAUCAGAGUCCUGCUGUGUAAAGGCUUUUUCAAAAAAAGAAAAACGCCACAAGUGCAAAAUCUCAAGGAUGAGAGAAGACUAGAGGAGGGAAGGGCAGCUUAUCCAAAUGAUUUCCCUUCACAUCAAGAAUUCCAGAUUAAGGAAACAUACAGAGCCUGUAAAAAUGAACUCCCAACCCUUGAAGGAAAUUCUCCUGUGGAAAGUCUUUCUUCUUCUUGGGAUCCUCUCCUGGACACUAGUCACCCUGGACAGACUGAAGGGAGCCAACCUGAGAAGUACAAGGUCAACAUGUCUCAAUCAGACUGCCUACUGCCCCCCAUCCAUUCCUCAGGUUCCUCAGGCUCUGGGGCAUAAUGGGCAUAAUCUAGACCCAUGGUGGCAAACCUAUAGCACUGUCAACAUGGAAUCUAGGAAUCCCAAACUUGUUUCCUAGUGAGAUCUGAUGAACCCCAAUUUUCAGGACUAGCUUAUAGAUUGGAGACCCUAAAGCUUGUACUUGUUCCCUGUUCCCAUGAGGAAUCUACCCUGAAGGGAAACGAUAAUCCUGGUUGCGUGAGAUAAACAUAUGAUAAGGACCAUCUUUGUUUUAGGUAGUCUCCCCUAUUGUAUUAGAACCUUUCUCAGGAAGGUCAGACCUGGGCAUGAACCAUCCUUUAGUAACCAUUGUAAGCAGCCCCCUUCUCUUGCACCCUAGCUUCUAGCUAUGAUUGUAUCUUGUCAGUGUAGUUUGAACACUCCCAUUUUCCUUGUAGCCAUAGUGAUGUCAAUCACCUUUCCCUGCCCCUAGAUUUCCCAAAGGGCAUAUAGGUUCCCCAAGUUCUUUUGUUCCCUGGAGUCCAUCCUGAGUCAGUGGCACUCCUGGGGGCUAGUGACAAGGGCAUCUUGACUCUUGGUGUUAUGGGCAAGAAGGAUACCUUUGGGGUUCGGGAAGGAUACCUUUUGCAGGCAUGCAAUAACUCCAAAACUUAGCUUAAAAACAAAAAGCGAUUUAUUAAUUUAGAGAGUAAUAUUGAGAGUGGCCAGGUGUUGUGGUGAAAAUUUUACCUUUUAAGAUUGUUAUAAUAUUGAACAAUGGUGCCAAGGAAUUUACUUAUGAAAUUCCUAAAAUGAAACACUCAAGUCAGAAUGGAGUUUAUGGAGGUUUCAUCACAAUGGGAGUAGGGAAAAGGAAAGGGAGAGAAGGAGAGAGGAGAAAAAGAAAAGGGUUUACUCAACCUCUGUAGCAGUCCACACCUGUCUAGGGGCAAGGGAAACAGUAUGUACAGAUUGUCUUAGAAGAGAGCAUGCUCAGUCUUGAGCAUGCUCAGUCUUGCACAUGGCUGGGAAAGCCUCUGACCCUUGACCCCAGCUUCCCCCAGGUCAGGCAGAAAAACAGGUUUCUUUGUGUUCACCUGGCUAAGAAAACCACACCUAUACCUUGUCAUUAACCAAUGCUAAUUAAAUACAGCCACAGCAAGCUCCACCUUUCCUCUUCCUCUCUCUUCCCCUCUCUCUCUCUUCCCCUUUUCCUCUCUUCCAGCUCACACUGAUGCCUGUCCUUGCUGGAGCCUGACCUCUGGCCAGGCUCUAUCUUUAAUCCUUCUCUAUCUCUCUCACCUGGGACCUGGCCUUCGGCCAGACACUUUCUUUUCUCUAUCAUCUCUCCGACCUGUGUGGUAUUAAGUUUGGAUCACUGGACAGAAAUACGCCUUUGGAAUAGUCCACUGAUCAGAGUUUUGCAGUGGCUCAUUGAUAAUUAAUAAGGCCUGGAUUUCUGACUCAUUCCUGCCACCUCAUAUCUAUAAUUUGGUUCCGCCAUCCCCCUCAUGGUAUCUAAAACUUCUAUCCUUCCUCUAUCUUCCUACCUUAAAGCUUCUCUCCCCUUGGGAAGCUUUAACCUCUGACCAAGGCAGAGGGAGCUUAGGCCCAAAGGGCCAAGGUGGAAAGGAAUCAGUCCUUGACUCACGUGACCGAUCUGAAGGGAAGCUUUCUGCGGGCCUCCUCCCUGUCCAAGCUCCUAACACGAGCUAGCAUCUCGCUCUGUCCACAGGAAGUGAGCGAAUUCCAGAGGCUGCUUUCUCCAUCACUUCCUGUGCCUCACAAGUGCCAAUGGUGGCUCAAGCUUGGCUUAGGACAGCCCAGGUGGGCAGUUAGUUAUUUGAUUUGUCAUUGACUAGCACAUGCCCGUGUAGUGUGGGUGUGCACAAUUUUGGGUGCUAGACCAAGAUGGAGAUUUUUAAAAUUCACAAUCCCCCCUGAUGAUGAUUGGGGGACUAGUCUCCCCAAUUGAUCACUAAACAUAAGCGUACUGCACCCCCAAAAAUUCUAACUGUUAAGUGUAUACAAACAUUUUUACCCACUAAGAGGAAAACUAUAAUAGUUGUAGAUAUGGAGAAAUAGAGGAGAGAGAAUGACAGCAAACCAAUGUUUUGCUGGGCACAUUGACAAAAGCCAAUUAGGGGGCAGUCCCCUUUGGCAUAAGAGUGUACAUUCAAAAAAUGUUCAAUCAACCAUACCCCAAGGUUCAUUCUGGAUCUUCCUGUAGUGAAAAGGUUUAGAUAUCUUUCUGCAAACAUUUCAUUCUCUGGAUUCAGUUAGUUAGCAAGCUUCUUCUCUGAAGAUCUAUCUCGAACAAAAUUUAAAUCUUGGAUUUUAUGAAAUACAAUCCCCCCUGAAGAAAGUGUUGAAAAAAAAAAACACUGAGUCCAGCUAAGGCUGCAAGGUUUAGUCAUGAGGGUGUGGGUUAAUCCAAAAGGAAAACAAAACAAAAUAAAAAGCAAAAGAAGAAAAAGGGAAAAAAAUUAAGGGAAAAUAUAUACCCUUUAUAUAUACAUAUAUUUAUAUUAAAGAAGAAUUCAAAAUCAGUAUCAAAAUAUCAAAAAAUCUAUAUAUACAAGAUUUUGAAACAGCAAGAAUAAUAAAAAAAAUUUUUUUAUUAUUUUUUUUACAGGCCCCUAUAUUAGGGUCCGGUUAAGUAAUUUCUAAUCCCACAAGUCUGUAGGACAGAAUGCAGCAAAUUUCACUUACCCAUUUGCAGCCAAGGCUACAGGAAGUUGCCAUACUAUAGGAAAGAAAAAAGGACCAGAUUCUUAUUUUUAUAGGGAAGUGUCAUUUCCUCAUCUAAUUUUACCUUCAUUCUCAGGGAUGGAGAGAGCCAGGAUGGUAGCCAACCUUUGGUACUUGUCUGUAGGUAUUUUCACGAAGAGUGUGGAUACAAGGAAGGCCUACAUUUAACAUCUGUCAAGUGGCGCAACCCCGAGUCUCACACUGGGUUCAAGUCCUUAGUAUUGGCUUAGAAAUGCAUUGGUCUUUGAUUUUUAGACCUGUGAGCUCUUUUGGCAUUAUCCAGGUCACCUCUGUGCUCCUUUUUGAUCCCAUUCCUAGAAUCAGACACAAACAUUAAUCAUAGUCCCACAACAAUUAUCAAUAAAUGGCAGGUUCCCAUAGUCUAAAGCUGUUUGGGUGAGUAUUAAUAAUAAUAGCAAGUAUAUAUAUUUAAACUAAUAUUGUAAAAUAAAAUUAAUAUUGAUUGUAUGUACCUUAAGUACAUAGAAAUGAGAAAAAUGGGGAAAAUAAAAUAUUAUAAAAAAUAAGAAAAUAAGAAAAAGAAAACAGGAAAAAAGAAAAAAAAUUAAAUUUAGGAAUUCAGUGUGUCAAAAGCAGAAUAAAAUAGUUCCACGUGUCAAUGGGUAGUUAUCUUCAAUGCAUGUAUAGGAUACAGUCAAUCAGUCUCAACAGAAGAUGCUCUCUUUACAUGUGAGCAGUGAAUCCAAGAGUCCUUUUCUCCAACCUUUAUAGAUGAUGGAAUAGUUAACAAUAUUUGGACUGGUCCUUCCCAGGAAGGCUGAGUUGCUCCUGUACGCUGGAAGUUCUUAAUAUAAACUUUGUCUCCUGGGUUCAGGUCAUGAAGUGAGAAGUCUAGUGGUCCGGCUUGUACUGCAGCCCCGGAUUCAUGUAGCUCAUGCAGUUUGUGCUGUAAUUCCUGUAUAUAGGAAGCAAUAGUAGUAUCUCCCCCUAAUAGAGAUGUGUAAGCCAGGGAGAAAGGCUUAGCCUGUAUAGGCAGAUGUCCAAAAAGCAUCUCAAAUGACGAGAUGUGUAGGUCUCCUCUAGGCCUGCUUCUAAGAUAAAAUAGGGCCAGAGGGGGAAUUUCAGGCCAUUUUAAAUGGGUCUCAGUGCAUAAUUUUCCAAUCAUAGUUUUAAGUUCUUUAUUCAUCCUCUCAACUUGGCCUGAACUCUGGGGAUGAUAUGGAACAUGGAAUUUGGGAGUUAUCCCCAAGCAAGAAUAUAUCUGGUUUAGAACAGAAUCAGUAAAAUCAUUCCCCCUAUCAGAAUCAAUACGUGCUGGCUGGCCAAAGCGAGGAAUAAUUUCUUUUAAAAGCUCCUUAGCAACAAAAGCUGCUGUGGCUUGGGCUGUAGGAAAUGCUUCCAGCCAUUUGGUCAGUUGGUCUACUAUGACCAGACAAAAUUUAUAUUGUCCAGCCUUUGGCAUUGUUAUAAAAGCUAUCUGCAGGUGCUCAAAAGGUGUGUAAGCCAGAGGACACCCACCAAAGGCUUUGCCACAAAAGGCAUGUUGGUUAUAUGCCUGGCAGUUAGAGCAGGCUGAACACACUUUAGAGCCUAUGGUAGUUAUACCACGGGCAAUCCAUACUCUCUUAACAGAGUCCACGAUGCCCUGGGUACCAAAGUGGCCAUUAUUAUUAACAGAUUGGCAAAUUUGGUGAUAGAAACUUCUGGGGAGCAGGGGUUUUCCUUCAGGUGACACCCAGACUCCAUUGAUCUGUUUUGCUUUGAAUUUUUGUUUCCAUUUUUCUACUUCCUUCUCAUUAUAGGAGAGUGAUAAAUUUAAGUCAUCAGUAGUUGUUAAUGUUAAAAGUAAUUCAGGCCCUUCUAUGGCUGCUAGCUUUGCAGCAACAUCUACUCGGUCAUUUCCCCUAGAAACAGGGUCGGUGCCACCUGUAUGGGCUGAGCAAUGAACUACAGCUAGGGCUUCAGGCAGUUUGAGAGCAGAAAGAACUUCAUUAAUAAUUUCAGCAUUAGGGGGCAGCUGGGUGGCUCAGUGGAUUGAGAGCCAGGCCUAGAGAUGGGAGGUCCUAGGUUCAACCUGGCCUCAGACACUUCCUAGCUGUGUGUCCCUGGGCAAGUCACUUGACCCCCAUUGCCUAGCCCUUACCACUCUUCUGCCUUGGAGCCAAUACACAGUAUUGACUCCAAGACGGAAGGUAAGGGUUUAAAUAAAUAAAUAAAUAAAUAAUUUCAGCAUUAGCUAUGGAUUUUCCAGCUGAGGUUAAAAAUCCUCUCUGGAGCCAUAACAUUCCGACUGAGUGACAAAUGCCAAAAGCAUAUCUAGAUUCUGUAUAAAUUGUUGCCCUUUUAUCCUUGGCAAUUAUACAGGCAUGUUUCAGGGCUAUGAGUUCUUCCCCUUGAACUCUAAUAUUAGAGUGCAGUGAAGCUGACCACUCAGUGGCAAAUUCUGUGACUACAGCAGCUCCACUGUAGCGUAUGCCAUCCCUCAUGAAAGAAGAACCAUCAGUAAAUAAGAUCAGGUCUGAGUUCUUUAAGGGAGUGUCCAGGAGAUCAUCUCAAGGUUUCUCUGCCAUGGACACUAGUGUUUCACAACUGUGUAAUGGUUCUCCUGAAGUUGGUAAGUCUGGAAGCAAGGUGGCAGGAUUAAGGAUUGUACAGUGUUUUAGAGUAAUAUUUUCAUUAUUUAGCAAGGUUAUUUCAUACCUUGUAAUUCGCUAAUCAGAAAAUGCCUGUGUUCUCUGUCUUAGCAAUAAUGCUUCUACCUCGUGUGGACACAUAAUUGUUAGUGGGCAUCCUAAUACUAGAUCAACGGUUUUUGUCACUAGUAAAGCAGUAGCAGCCAUGCCUCUAAGGCAUGGUGGUGCUCCUGAAGCUAUUGGGUCCAGCUGGGCUGAAUAAUAAGCAACUGGACGCUGAGAAGGCCCCAGAGUCUGAGUUAAAACUUCUGAGGCUACUCCUCUUCGCUCAUGUACUUAGAAAGUAAAUGGCUUGUUGUAAUCUGGGAUGCCUAGAGCAGGGGCAGAUAGGAUAGCCUUUUUUAGCUCUGAUAGAGCUGACAUGUGUUCAGGCUCUAAUUUGAGUGGUUCAGGGACUGCAUCCCUUGUUAGUGCUAUAAGAGGUUUAGUAAUUUCCCCAUAACAAGGAAUCCAUCGUCUGCAAAACCCUGUUGCUCCCAGAAUUGCUCUUAACUGUUUUUUAGUAGUAGGAGCUCUCAAUUUUUGAAUAUUCUCAAUUCGCUUGGGAGAAAUAGAGCAGGCACCAGCUGUCAGAAUGAACCCCAAAUAUUCUACUUUGGGGAGACACCACUGAACUUUAUCCUUCGAGAUCUUAUGACCUCUUUUGUGCAAUUCCAAAAGAAGGUGUUUACUAUCUUCCUGACAUGCUUCUGCAUCCACGGAAGCCAAGAGUAGGUCAUCUACCUAUUUUAUUAAUUUGCUGUUUUUAAAUUUUAUAUUAUCUGUAUCUUGUCCCAAAAUUUGUGCAAAUAAGGUCGGACUUUUUACAUAACCCUGGGGCAGACGACUCCAGGAAUAUUGUAUGCCAUUCCAGGUGAAAGCAAAAAUAUGCCUCGAGUUCUCAUGUAUGGGUAUAGAAAAGAAGGCUGAGCACAAGUCUACUACUGUAAAGUAUGUAGCUGUGCUAGGAAUAGAAGAAAUAAUAGUAUUGAUAUUGGGAACUAUGGAGUGUCUCUUUAUAACAUGAUUGUUCACAGCCCUCAAAUCCUGUACGAAUCUAUAGAGGUGUUUGCCAUCAGGCCCCAUUUUUGGUUUUUUAAUGGGGAGGAUGGGCGUGUUGUAUUCAGAUUUACAAGGGAAAAUUAUUCCUUGGUCAAUUAAAGAAUUUAUUAUUGGGGUAAUGCCCUCCAUUGCCUCCUUGGAAAGAGGAUACUGAGGAAUGCAAGGAGGUGGGCUGGAUUUAGUUUUUAUUUGCACGGGAGCAGCUGAUUUAAGUAAGCCUACAUCAGUAGAAGAUGUGGCCCAAAGGGACUCUGGUAUAUCUGUAGGUAUUUCAAAGGUGGGAGGCUCCUUUGCCUCCUGGCUCUCUGAGAGAAAUACAGGGAGUAAAUUUAAGGUUUCCUCGGGCACUUCUAAUGAGAGGGAGCCAUCUGGGGCGCACAUUGUUGUGGCUUGUAAUUUGCAUAGUAAAUCUCUCCCCAGCAAAUUUGUGGGGGAUCCAGGCAUUAAAAGAAAAGAAUGUUCAACAGUUAGGGGUCCCACAUGUACCAUGCGAGGAGAAAGUUUUGGGACCUUUAACGGUUUUCCUGAAACACCUACUACAUUUAAGGAGCCAAUAGAAUCACAUUUCUCAUCUGGUUUGCUUACUAGAACUGACCUAGAUGCUCUGGUGUCUAAAAGACAGUCAUAGUAUGAAUUUCCUACCUUUAAAGUGACAUGAGGAUCCUUACUGGUCAGGGGGGAAUAUACAGGGAUUAUUGGCAUUAAAAUAUCAGGGUCUGGAAAAUCAAAGGUCUCAUUCUUUGAUUCCAAGGCCCUCACCCCCCCUUCACACCUUCAUAAAGAUGCUUGGGCAGUUUUUUGGGACCCUCCACGCUGUUGGGGGUGUUCACCCUGAGGGUAGCAUGGUCGAGCUCCAUUUCUUAUAUAUUGUUGUUGGGCAUUUUUUGGGGUAUUAUCAUUUUCUGUAUUUUGAGCACUGUUAUUUUCAUUGGCAUUGUGAUUCCUAUAGUUAUUAUUCCUAAAGGUGUUUUAUUUCCAUUUUUCCGUAGCCAGCUCCUACAGACCAUUGUUGCAUGGCCUCUCUUCCCACAGAAGAGGCAUAUUAAGGGGUUUGUUAAUUAUUUAUCUGUGGAUUCCUGCAAAGGGGCCAUGGUCUCUCCCGUACUUUUCAAUUUUUCCUUUAAAAUUUCAAUUUCUUUUUUUUUUAAGUCUGCCACUGAUGUAUUGUGUGUCUCAGGUUUUUUGUAAGAUUCUUGUAGGCAUAUGUUGCUACUUUCCUCAGUUCUUCGAGGUCCAUAGACUCCCAGUUGGGUCAGCUAGUUUCAAAGUAGUCUUUUACUGCUAAACAACAAUUGCUAACGAAUUAUCUGUGUAUAUGUUUAAUGUCCUUUUCUCUGAUAAAAUCAAGGUCCAUAUAUGUAUGUCCUAUGUCAAUAAGUCUGUCCAUAAAGUGGGAGGGGGUCUCAUCAAUUCCCUGUCAGAACUGUUCAAAUUUUUCCCAUGCAUCAGGGCUAUCAGAGCAGUCUCUCAUGGCUCUUAAUAGUGCAUCUCUGGCCAGGACUAGUUUUGUGUGAUCUUGUGUAAUAUUGGGGUUCCAGUGUAAAUCUACAGUUGGCCAGUGAUGAGCUCCUCUACCGCUUUUCUUAUUAGUUAGAGAGAUGACAUUAUUUUUCUCUCUUUGUCAGAAAUGUAUCUAACAAAUUUUCCACAUCCAACCAAGAAGGGUCAAAGUUUCUGAAUAUGUUCUCUAAUUUUUCUAUAACCAAUACUGGUUCUGCCUCAAAUGAUGGAACAUUUUGUUUGAAUGUUUCUGAAUCAUCAGUUUUAAAAGAUGUAUAGUGUCUUACAGACACCAAGUUCCCUUCUUUAUUAAAGGUGGGUACUUCCCUCAAUGGAAAUAAACUUCUGUCUAAAUUA